AUGGCCCAGUUCUCUACAAAAUCUCCCCAGGAACAAGAGUAUGACAAUUGGACUGAGGUAAUAGGGACUGAAUUACCCCAGAGGUCUUGGAAUGGAACUGCAGAAAGGCCAUUUGCCUUGGUGCUCCCCUAUCUCACCCUGGUCAUCAGCCUGGGUGGGCUGGUGGCCAAUGGCUUUGUCCUCUGGAUUCUCAGCUUUCACAUUAAGAAGAACUCCUUCUCUGUCUACAUCCUUAACCUGGCUGGGGCUGACUUUCUCCACCUUGCCUGCUGGAUUUUACUCACCAUAGAGUUUUCCUCCCAAUUCUUACUUAUUUCCAUGACUAAAACAAUCAUCUUUGUCACGCUCAUCUUCUACAGUGUGGGCCUGAGCUUCCUAGUGGCCAUUAGCACUGAGCGCUGUCUUUGUGUUCUCUUCCCCAUCUGGUACCGAUGCGUCCGGCCAAGGCAUACAUCUCCAAUUGUGUGUACCCUGAUCUGGGCGCUGAACAUCCUGCUCUUUGCAGUGCUGUGGCCCACAUGUAUACAUUUACUCCAUGGUUCCUGCGAUGGGUUUUUCAUAGCUACUUCAGUGUGGAUUCUUCUCCUCAUUGGCAUGAUGAGUGUGUCCAGCCUGACUCUGUUGCUCAGGGUCCAGUGUAGCUCCCGGCAGCGCCAGCCUCCUAGACUCUAUGUCCUCAUUCUGCUCACUGUCCUCCUGUUCUUCCUCUGUGGCCUGCCCUUUGGGAUUGUAUUGCUGAUGCAAUAUUUGGAACUAAACUUCCCUUACAUGUGGCUCUCUUCUGACCUCUCACUCCUUCUGAGCAUUCUGAAUAAUAGCAUUAACCCUCUCAUUUAUUUCUUUGUGGGGAGCUUCAGACAGAAGAAGUCUAGGGAGUCCUUCAUAGUUGUGCUCCAAAGAGUACUAGGGGAGGAGGCAGAGCUGGAAGAAGGUCAGGAGACAGCCUCCACUGGUCCCAUGAAGAUGACGCCCUGA